UUAGAAAGGAGGAGGAGAGCGUUUGAAGCGCAGUUACUUCGGUUUCGAACCGUUUCCCUUUAGGUUGGCGGCUGUUCCUCUUCUCUUUGUCAGUGGCGCGAUUCAGAAGUGGGCAAGAUGGCGAACGACUGGCCUCAGGCGUCUAGAGUGCCUAGUUUUGCCCAGAUGCUAAAGAAGAAUUUACCUGCCCAGCCAUCUCAGCCUUCUGUACAACCACCAGCUCCGUUUCCACAGACAGAGAAUACCAAACAGAUGUUUUUACAUGAUGAAACAUCCAGUAUGUCUAACUUAGCCUCUAAGGUGACGCACAUCACAGGUCAAGUUCCUGACUACUACUAUUCCAAGGCAGCACCCAUUGCUUCACUUCCCCCCAAAAAAAUUCCAAAGGAGUUUAUCACAAAAUAUAAAAGAGGGGAAAUAAAUCCAGUAUCAGCUUUACAUCAGUUUGCACAGAUGCAACGUGUACAGCUUGAAUUAAAAGAAACUGUGGCCACAGGGAAUCUCAUGGGAGCUUACUUUGCUUUUUGUGCUGUGGUUGAUGGUAUUACAUACAAGACUGGAUUGGGACAAAACAAGAAGGAAUCUAAAUCAAAUGCUGCAAAACUUGCCCUUGAUGAACUGCUGCAGCUGGAGGAGGGAGAACCAAAAGCUAUAGAAAACCCAGGUCCUCACAGGAAUAUCUCAGAAACUACGGUUGUAACUGAUCCUCCAUCUGAACACAUUUCUCGGAAUCCUUAUGAGGGCCGGCUUUUUGCUUAUGGGAAAAUAUCUGAAGUUGUCAAGGAAACAUUCAACAAUUUGACUGCUAAAUAUCCAGAGUACCAGAGUUGUAGCAGUUCACUGGCUGCCUUCAUAAUUGAAAGAGGUAGACAGCAUGAAGUGGUAGCUAUUGGGACAGGUGAAUUUAACUAUAGUAAGUGUAUUCAGCCUGAUGGAAGAAUAUUACAUGACAGUCAUGCUGUUGUUACUGCUAGGCGUUCUCUUCUAAGGUAUUUUUAUAGACAGCUUUUGCUCUACUACAGUAAAAACACAACAAUGAUGGAAAAAUCCAUAUUUUGCCUGGAACCAAUGUCAAAACUGCUUGCCUUAAAGCCAAAUAUCAAUAUAUAUCUCUAUAUGAACCAGCUGCCCAAAGGAUCUGCUCACAUAAAAUCAGUACUGGAAGAAGCCAACGGAAGUGGAUUAUAUUUCCAGCCAUCCCAGAAUGUACCUUCACUACGUCUCAGUCCUAAUUCUGCAUUUGCAUCUGAAGCUGCUGAAGAUUUAUGUCUUCAUGUUGCUGUUGAAGGCAAGAUUUAUCUCACAAUCUACUGUCCUGCUGAAAUUGCCAGAGUAAGCAGUAUGUCUGCCAGUGAUAAAUUAACAAGAUGGGAAGUGCUGGGUCUUCAGGGAGCUUUGCUGAGUCACUUUAUUCAACCAGUUUAUAUUAGUGCGAUCCUAGUUGGAGAUGGGAACUGCAAGGAUAUACGAGGGUUAGAAAUAGCUAUCAAACAACGUGUAGACGAUGCGUUAACUUCAAAACUUCCCAUGUUCUACUUGGUGAAUAGCCCUCACAUUAGUUUGGUACCUACUGCUUUUCCUGUACAAAUUGAUUUGGAGCACAGAUCUCUUAGCUUGAAUUGGUCCCAAGGAGACUUAUCAUUGGAAGUGGUAGACGGGCUAAGUGGGAAGACUACAGAAAGUUCACCCUUCAAAAGUGGUGCUUCAAUGGCAAGUCGUCUUUGCAAAGCUGCAAUGCUAAGUCGUUUCAACUUAUUGGUGAAAGAAUCAAAGAGAGAUGAUUUACUUAAGGCAGGAUCAUACCACGAAGCAAAGAAUAUGACUGAACCUUACCAUGAAGCAAAACAAUUGCUGAAAACCUAUCUGGAGCAGCAUGGUUAUGGGUCUUGGAUUGUGAAAUCUCCACGUAUUGAACAUUUCAAUAUGUAAGGAUUGAUACAACAGUUCUGCCAUCUAUUGAAAUGGUUUCUUUCUCUGAAUAGAUAUUUUACAUGUUAAUUGGUGUUGAGUAGUGUCAACGAUUAGGUGCAAAAACUGUGCUUAAACAUUGCCUUAAAUAAAUAACCUUCCUUGUUAAAA